AUGGAUACCUUCGAAUGCAACGCCAAUCCCGGCCGAGUCAUUGGCAGCGGUACUCUACAGAAACUCCCCGAUGAAGUGGUCCGGCUGGACAUCAAGGCGCCGCUGGCGGAGACCGUCAAAGCGGUUCUCAAGGCGGCCAUGCACACCCCGACGCAUAUCGCCGACAAGGCCGUAGAGUAUCCAAAGGCGCAGGACGUGGACGGGGUUGUCUCCGUCAAGGGUGGAAGUACCAUCGGACUGGGGAAAGCGAUUAGCACUCGCACUGGGCUACCUCAUCUCUGCAUCCCGACGACAUAG